AUGAGCAAACGAGCGGCUGCGGAGGAGGCACUGAGUACGCCUCGCUCCAAGAGGCUGAAUGCCGGCGGUAUUGGAGUCUCAUAUAUCGACGACGGCGAUGAUGACUACACUCCAAUUUCGAGUCCGGGAUCAAGUGUGGGAGUCGAAUCCACAGCCACAGCUGCGACAACACCGCGAACCAAAUUUCCGUCAGAUUACAAGACGUUGGCGUGCUCUUGGCCGGGAUGUACGAAAAGCUUUAAUCGCCCAGCGCGAUUGAGAGAUCAUAUGAAUUCUCAUACCAACUCUCGACCUCAUAAAUGCCCUUACGACGGUUGCACCAAAGAUUACAUCGAAGAUAAACACUUGAAACAGCACAUAAAAGCCGUGCACACAAAUGAUCGCAAAUACGUCUGCCAGAGAGACGGUUGUGGAAAGAGCUUCGUAACAGGCACAAGACUAAAACGUCACCAGCUAGUCCACGAGGGAGCCGACAGAUUUCGCUGUCAGGAUUGCGGUCAAAGCUUCAGAAAGAAGGAAACGCUCAACAAACAUGUGAGAAAAGAACAUCAAGGCUUGCCGGCGCACCAGUGUCCGGAGCCAGGAUGCAUAUCUGCGUUCGAUUCCAAGGGAGCACUCAAUAGACAUCGGGAGAGGGAGCAUGGGCCGCUCAAGUAUUGGUGUAUGGAGUGUGCGCCACAGAUGCGAGAGGAUGGCACGACAUUCAGAGUUGGCUUCACGACAGAUCCACAGCUACAGUCUCAUAUGCGGCAAGAACACCAAAACUGCAUGUUUUGCGAUUACAAAUCUAGUUCAUUAUGGGAGCUGGAAACGCAUAUUGAAAUUCACCACUCUGGGAAGACAGUUCAAGAUCGCAAGACGGUAGCCUGCCCAUAUCCCGGCUGCGACAAGAAGUUCACCAAGAAAUCGAAUUUAAAUGUCCAUUUCCGUACAGCUCACGAAGGAUUCCGUUUUAUCUGCGGCCAAGUCGAAUUAACCGGUCCUGGGCUCGAGGCAUGGACCAAUGACCAAGGCUGUGGCGACAAAUUCAGCACAAAGGUUCGAUUAGAGGACCAUAUUCGCUUUAUCCACCUUGGCCAAGAGCGGCCGAAGAUGUCUAAAACAGAGAAAUCAACCCCGACAGACGUCAUUGACGAAAUCUCCGGCGUCACCAACGUCAAGAAGCAAACCCUCCGGUGUUCCCAGUGUAAUGAAGGCUUUAUCCGCUACUACGACCUCAACGCUCACAUCGCAGCCGUACACCCGAUAAAUACCGUUGAUACCGCCGCUGAUUCAAUGCCCUUUACCAACCCUGCCAUGUUUGAUCCUGAAGCAAAUGCCGUUGAACAGACUUGGCCAGAAGACUUUUCACAAGGAGAAAUUUUCUCCGGCCAGACGGCUUACGGGGUUUCUCAAGAGGGCUGGGUCGACGAUGAUGCGAAUCUUAUGAUGCUGACCCACGGGGAAGUAGGCUUAGAUGGAAAUAUCGACCCAACGCUGGGUGGAUAUUAG